AUACUUUAGAAAAACAAAAUAAUGAUAAUCAAAAAUUAGAUGAAAAUAUAAAUUUAUUACAAAGUAAUAAUUUUAAAAAAUCUUUUGAAAAAGAUUGUUGUGAAAAAAAUUGUUUACAAACUCAAGUUGAGUAUUUUAUAGCUUUAACUAGAUAUUUAAAUUUUAAAAAUCUUUCUAAGUCUUGUCAAGAUAUAUAUUUAUUAGAUAUAAUUGCUGCUACUAAAUGA